GCUUACAAAGCGGUACACGUACGAUUUAUCAAAAUUAUUUCGACGCCAUUUUGAAAGUCGCCAAUGUAAACAAGUUUUAAUUGUGAAAACGUAACAUGCUUAUCUACGUUGAAAGUAAAGCAUUCCCGCAUCGAACCUUCGUUGUUGUUGUAAGUCCAAAUGACAAAAUUGCUCGAAUCAGAGCUCGUAUACUGCAUAAGCUGUUUGAAAUUGGCUAUCCAGAUCACCAGUUUAGGCUUCGCUUCAAGGGACAGUACCUCAGGGAUGCGUUUACCAUCAGAGACUAUGAUAUCAUCGACAACUCUAUCAUCAAGAUGAUUCCCUUGUCAAAGAAAGCUGAUUCUAUGUCAGACUUGCAGUCAUUGGCAGGAUCUUCAACAGUCAACUUGGACCUGAAUGCCAAUGACAUGAAUGACGUCAAAGCUCCACUGUACAAGGAGAUUAAAGCAUUCACCCUGAGAGAGAAGCUACUGAGGGAUUUCAAUGGUUUGUUGUACAUGCAUUUCCUGACAACAUGUCUGACUCUAAUGACCAACUACUUCUACUCCUUUUUAUGGACUUUACCGGUGUUUAUUUCCGCUGUUUUGUUCCGGCCACAGUACACCAGAGUAGGGGGAUAUGUAGGGAAUAACACACAUUUGAGAUUCAUUUUCUGCAUUGCGUACUUUGUGGCGGCCCUUGGAACUCUGGGUGCUGCUAUCUACAUGUCUGCUGUUUCAUGGAUGACAGUUGUGAAUCAUGGUUGUAAAGACUGGGAGUUUGUAGGAGAAUGCUCUCACAAGAAUGUCUUCACAGCAAUAUUUUUUGCCCUGCAGUCUCUUCUUCUGCUUCUUUCAGCCAUUGUUGUGGGAGCCAUGUUUGUUAGCUUCAGAUUGGAGAUUGGAGAUUAUAUUGAACAUUUUCUGGUUCAGGAGAGGGACAUCGAAAUUGUAAUGAAAGCAGCUCGAAAUGGCAGAUUAAAGGACAAGAGAACAGCAGCCUAUGAGCUGGCCGCCAUGGCAGCAUCUGGUGAUGACAACAAGUUUAGGAUUGUCGCUGAAGGAGGGUUGGAAGUUCUUCUGGCUCUGGCAAUGAGUACAGAUGAGGGAACACAGGAACAUGCUGUGGAAGCCUUAGAAGAACUCAUUACCAUCCCUUCCAUUCAGGACAACUUUGUGGAGAUGGGAGGAGUGAAAGCUUUGACUGCCCUACUUCACUCUGAGAAUUCACGAAUCAUGCAGGAAGCUGCUAGCGCCAUCUAUGGAAUAGUGUCAGAGUCGGACGAACAUAAGAGUGCUGUAGUCAUGGACCAUGGACUUGAUGAUUUAGCUCAUGCUGCCCACCAGGGAACCAUAAUUUGCCAAAGAACCAUUGCCAGCAUAUUUCUGGAUCUGGCAUUCAACAGGGACAUCCGAGUUCAGAUUACCUCCAGGAAUAUUCCAGCUCAGGCUUUGAUCCAGCUGUGCAGAAGCAAUGAUGUAGAGACCCAGAGAUAUGCUUUACAAACUCUGGAGCUUCUGGCCAUUGAAAGUUCAGACAUGAUCUGUGCACAGGAAAAUCUACUUGAGGUUCUGCUGGAGCUUCCUAUGAACACCAUGGAUGAAAAAUUGUUCCUCUUGGCUGGGAAAAUUCUUCUGUACUAUGCAGAAAAUAGACCUACGUGUGAGCUGCUCAUGGAUCACACCAUGUUGAAAGAGUCUCUCAGCAUGUUUGCCAGAACCAAAGAUCCCAUGUUACAGAAGGUGGUGGCUAAGAUCAUCUUCUGCAUGCUGGAACCCACAGAUCUUCGUGUUCGAGCUCGUCGCCUGAAGUUGGACCGAGUUUUGGAGUAUAUCAUGGAUAACUCAGCAGAUCGAGAGGCAUGGGAUAUGGCAGAUCAAGGUCUACAGGUGAUUCAUUCCAAGGAUUUCCAUACUCCUGUCCCAGCUCUUCCAUCUCUCAGCACACUGGAGAAAUUAAACAAGAUGGGAGCCAGGGACUCAUUUGGAUCUCGUGCCUCCUUGCGAUCAGAUCAGGGGUCAUCUGGGGGGUCAUCUGAUGACAUCAAGAAAGGACUCAACUAAAAUGUGUUUAAAUGACAGCAAUCAAAUUUCCUGUUGACAUAGUGUUUGCUGGUACACUCUAUGUAUUUUAAAUGUAUUGCUUUGAAUUCAAUUUCCGUCCAGAAAUGAUUUUCAUUGUUAUUUUACUUUUUGUUAGUAAUUAUACAAAACAGUAAUUAUUUAUACUUCAUGUUGCUAAUAAUUCUUUCUUAUUCUUAGUUUGAACUUGCAAUCUGUGAUAAUAUCAAUACUGUUUGUGAUUUAUUCCCUUGUAUGUUUACUCCUAUAUAUAUCCUAUAUGUACAGUAUUCACUGGCCAAUCUUACACCUGUAUAAUCCAACACUUGUGUAAUCUGACAUACUGUAAACACAUGCUUCUUCAUUUCUGUAUCUCAUAUUUUCCCAAUAUUUCAUGUCAAUUAUGAAUAGAUUGUUUUCUCUGAAUCUUUGAUUAUUUUCUGCAUAUUUUAUUAAUAUGAAUAUUUUAAUUAUUUAUGCAUAUCCAUUUGGAUCAAUUUUUUCGCAAUAUUGUUUAAUACCAUGUAUACUUUCACUUUCUGAGGCUGGUCCUCAUGUUUAACAGUUGAUAUACAAUGUAGUUAUAAUAAACUAUUUUGAUAAACAAA